AUGGACGCCACCAGCAGCAGACGCCUAGCAGCUUUGGGCGGCCAUCUGGUUUCCGCAAGCGCCGUUUCGGAGGGUGGCGGCGCCGUGGUGAAUGAGCAGAUGGCGGGUCUGGGCCUCAACGACACCGCCGCCACCGGCAGCGGCGUGCAGCAGGAGCUGCAACGCCUGCUGGAGCACGACAGCUUUGAGGAGCGCCGGCGGAUGAAGGAGCUCAUGAAGAGCGAGCUGUUCAUACCGCGGUACGCGGUCCCGCUGGCGGAGGAGCGCGAGCUGGCGCUGCAGCGCCUGCGCGUGCUGUGCCACUCGGGCAACUUUCGAAUCGAGGACUUUCGUGUCGACCCCAUGCGCAUCUUUGCCGCCCACGAGUGUGCCGCCUUUGCCGACCCCAGCAUGGCCACCAAAAUGACGGUGCAGUUCAACCUGUUUGGCGGCACCAUCCUGAAGCUGGGUACGCAGCGGCACCACGACCUGCUGCUGCGCGGCAUCACCUCCCUCGACGACAUUGGCUGCUUUGCGCUGACGGAGCUGGGGUAUGGCAACAAUGCUGUGGAGAUGGAGACGACGGCCACCUUUGAUGCUGCCACCGACGAGUUCAUCAUCCACACACCCACCCCUCUGGCGCAAAAGUAUUGGAUCACCAACUCCGCCAUACACGCACACUGGGCGGUGGUGUUUGCGCAGCUGCUCAUCGGCGGCACCAACCACGGCAUCCACGGCUUCCUGGUGCCCAUACGCGACAAGCAGGACCUGCGGCCCUGCCCCGGCGUGCGCAUCGAGGACAUGGGGCACAAGAUGGGGUGCAACGGCGUGGACAACGGCAAGCUCUGGUUUGACCGAGUGCGCGUUCCGCGGUCCGCCCUGCUGGACGCCUUCUCUCAGGUGGAGCGUGACGGCAGCUUCCGCAGCGUGGGCAGCCUGGAGGUGCUGCAAGCGCUGUUUGUGGUGCGGGAGGGGCGGCUGCUGGGCCAGCUAGUGGCGGCCAUGAAGGAGGGCCGCUCCGGGCCGCAGGCAAGCCCCGCUGCGCUGCUGCUGCGCCGCGUGUUUGACAUCUGGAUGCGCCAGCAGAGCGACACCGUGCAGCACACGGCGGCGGCGUUUGCGGAGCGAGAGGUGCUGGAGGCAUGCUGCCGCGCGCUGGCGGCGCGCAGCCUGUCGCCCGCCCUGCGCGCCCUGCUGGAGCCCGUGGUGCGCCUGUACGCGCUGCACCGCCUGGAGCAGGACCUUGCCUGGUUCCUGACGGAAGGCCUGGUGCCGCUGGCGUCGGGCACGGCGGUGGGCGAGGCGGCGCGCGCGCUGUGUCGCCAGCUGGCGCCCCACUACCGCACCCUGCUCGACUCCUUUGGCAUCCCGGACCACCUGGUGGCGGCGCCCAUUGCGGGGGACUGGGCUGCCUACAACGAGGCCGACAACCAGGGAGAGCUGCUGGGGCAGGUGUGGUGA